CCAAAUUCUUGCUUGGACAGAGGUCUCAAUACACGCUUGAUCAUAAUAAGAGAAAUCUCGAGCACUUCAGAACCUAAAACGGUUGUGUGAAUAUUCGCCAGUCAACAUCGCACCUCUUUCCAGCCAUCACAUCUGACAUGCCAGUUAAACUUCGAAAAGCAAGCAGAGCAACUGAAUUUAGCACUAUGGCCCCAUUCAAUGGCAGAAUUACGUCUCCUCACCGCCCGUCCAACGACGAUUCUGAAACACUCACGCACUGGGAUGACGACUUGAACAGCCCUCCCGCAGAAGAACAUGUUGGACCUCAGAGGAGAAUCGCAGAGAACAGUAUCGCCGAUGUCCAUUUCCAAAAAUUGCCCGUCACCAAAAACGAGCAGCGUAAGAAAUAUACAGGGAAUAUCCGCAAGCUGUUGAGCACCGCCAGCACAUUGAGACGAGAGUUGCCGAGCUCGAUGAAUAGACCACUGAACUCGGAAGCCACGAUAGCGGACUGGAGCACGAAGCUGGGUUUCUGGAAGAACGAGGUGAUACAUCUCAAGAAUAGAAACACGAAACUCGCCAAAAAGCUCGCAAUAUCGGAGGCCAAGUACGGGGAAAUGUCCGUCAGCCUGAAAAAACGACUGAGUCAAACAAAGAAGGAUCUUGAACAGCUGAAAGAGGCUCAUGAACAGGCAGAGGACACGCUGCAACAGGAAUAUCUGCUCAAGCGGGGAUCCGAAAACGCCGUACUUGAAAGUUUGCACUCGAAAUCAAUGUACCGUGUAGAGCAGGCACAUACACAGGAACGCAAGCGUCUGACGGACAAGCUGGAGACCCUGCAGGACAAGCUGGAGAGCUUGCAGGACAAGCUGGGGACCCUGCAGGACAAGGCCAUGUACCAGUUGCUUCACACUGCUUUCAAGGCACUAGGCCUGACCGUUCUCAUGCUUUUCCUCUUUGUUCCCGUUUGCGUGUUUCUAUCCCUAUACUAAAGUCUGAGUAGGCUUAGUACUGCUAGGUAGGGCCUGUGUACUCGUAUUUGUCUUUACUCAUCGUUUGUUUUUAUCUUUGUAUAGUAUUGUCUUUUGACGUAGCUUGUUACACUUAAUCUCACGCUACCUUCUUAUACGUGAAGACGGACUUCAUGAAAGAGGCUGAAAAUCUGAGUGUCGAGCGAUGAUCGAACGAGCGACUGUAGAAGGACUAGAUUGUUGUAAGAGAGUCAACAUGUAACAUGUUCAGUUAUCCAAAGCUUGAGGAUUAGCAGGCGAACGCAGCAAAGUUCAAGUCCAGGUAUAACCUCAGGGGACGGCAGAACAGGUGUCCCCUUGCGUGGCCCGAGUAGGCUUCCAGCCGUAAGUCCCGAGUCUAGGGCAUUAUGCCCCUUGCUCGUAGGCGUUAUAUUACCUUUCCAUCUAGAUCUUAACGCAGUUGUCUGGUCUGGUGAGUACCGACCAUCCUUCACG